AUGAACCUGGAAGAACAGAGAGCGAUGGAAGAAGAGAAUCCGGUGACUCCACCAUCUCUAGCAGCCAAUCGUGACAGUAAGGAUAGCACGAGUCGACGACGAUGGAGAAAACCAACAGCAGGGAUUGGAGAGAGAUGGGUCAACAGUGAAGACCAGAGGAGCAUAUUGGCGGUGGAGAGAAAGAAGAGACAAAUAAAAAAAUGGGGUGCUUUGUUUCGUGAAGCUCUAGCUGUGAGUGUGUCUGGAAUUGAGCAGCUGCAUUUUCUCCCUCCUACCGCCACCAUUUAUAUUUUAUCAGGGCCGCAGGACCUCUCCCUCUCUACAAUUGCCACGUCGAUGGCCGUGGAGGUUGCCAGGGGUUUUGUCAAGGUUGGUGGGUCAGCCAUCUUGCUUGUUUGUGGGUUUGCAUGCUUGCUCUCAUUUCCCCUUCCUCCUCCUCUCGCCGUUCAUGUUUUAUUAAGUUCACAGGACCUCUCCCUCUCUGCAACCGGGCGUCAUUGUCGGUGGAGGUUGCAGAUCAGCUUUAAAGCUUAUGAGCACUGCAAAUGCCCAAGUGCAUGGUGCCGAAAAAUCAAACACACCGAAACACCCAAGACUUAUGGUGUCGAAAGCAAACCCAAGACUUAUCGUAAUUUUACCACUUUUUGGCAAAUAGGUUUUGCGCCUAGUAUAUGUAUCUAUAUAUGUUUGACAGAAUUAGGAGCUAUGUAUCAAAACAUGUCCUCGCAGGACCUCUGCCUCUCUGCAAUCGCCGUGUUGCUAUUCGUGGAGGUAGCUAGGGGUUGUAUUAAGGUUUGUGGGUCCACCAUCAUCGCCUGCUUUUUCUUGGUCUUCAAACCUGCACGUUAUUUUUACCUUGUUUUCUUUUUGAUUAUUUUGUUUGUAAGGUUCUUAAAGGAUCCAUAGCUUUCUUUAUUCCAUUUACUAUCAUCACUAACAGACGGGGGCGGAACUACGUGUCCCGCAGAGGAGGUCCAAUACCCUUGCUUUGUGUAUCAAUGGGAAGAGCAUGAUCAAAGUUAAUGGUUUAA